CUUACAGAUUUUGAAGGGUGCAGCUACAAAGAUAAUUUGGGCAGGAGCGACAAGCUUUUUUAAAAAUAUUAAACUUGUAAGUUGCAAAAUAUCAAUAAGUUUCCCCAUCUCAGUGUGCGUUGCACCUCUCCUAAACACUGAAACAAUGUUUUGCAGUGUUUUCCUCUCAUUCAGUAGUUGAAAACCUUUCAGACUUAAUGUCCGCCCCCCAACUUCCCUGACUCAUGAGCAACAUAGCCACGUCUGAAAGCUGCUCAUUGUUUCAAUUUGAGUCUGCUGGACUCCUUAAAGAAAUACAUUCACUCAACGUUCAAACCUUUGCAGUUGAAAUCAGAAAGAUUUCUGAGAUUGAUACCGAAUCGCAACCAUUGCCACGAUGAGGUUGACUUGCUUUUCUACCAGCAUUAUCGCACUUAUGGCCAUUCAGGUUCUGGCUCUUUUCUUCUUGUAUUCCAAACAAAGCGUGACUGUAUAUCCAUCGAGUGAACAGAAAAACAAAGUUCACAUCCUUAUUCUUUCUUCCUGGAGAUCAGGCUCCUCCUUUGUAGGACAAGUGUUUAGUCAACAUCCUGAUGUCUUUUAUUUAAUGGAGCCUGCCUGGCACGUGUGGGUACAAAUGAAUCACAACAGUGCAAAGGUCUUGAAAAUGGCUGUUAGGGAUCUCAUACGAUCCGUAUUUUUGUGUGACAUGUCAGCAUUUGAUUCAUACAUGUCUGAAGACAGACUUGUAUCUCACUUAUUCCAGUGGGAAGUCAGCCGAGCCCUCUGCUCACCACCGAUGUGUAACCGCUAUGCAAGAACGGACCUCAGCAAUGAUUUAACCUGUAAGAAACACUGCAACAGGACCAAUUUUUUCAAAAUGGAAGAUGCCUGUAAAACCUACAGUCAUGUUGUCAUCAAAGAAGUGAGAUUCUUUGAAUUAAAGUCACUCUUCCCUCUCUUCACAGACCCCCAGCUGAACCUCAAAAUCAUCCAUCUUGUUAGAGACCCAAGAGCUGUCCUUAAAUCUCGUGAAAAGUCACUUUAUGCUCUGGUACGAGACAAUGGUAUUAUUCUAGGCACUGCCGGUAAACAGUUAGCAAAGGAAAAAGCAGAGGCUUCAAACUAUGAUGUCAUGAAAGAGAUUUGUAAAAGUCACAUACUGAUUCAUGAGCUUGCAAAUGAAAAUGCUCCUGAAUUCCUAAAACAACGCUAUAUGAUGGUACGGUAUGAAGAUGUAGUAAGAGAUCCACUUAAGGAGAUAUCAGCAAUGUAUAAAUUCACUGGUUUAAAUCUGACUCCAAAACUUGAGUCUUGGGUAUAUAAUAUCACACAUGGGGAAGGAACUGGAGCUGCUUUCAAAAUAACAUCUAGAAAUGCCAGAAGCAUAUCAGAGGCAUGGAGGACUGCAAUGCCAUAUGAAAAAGUUUCAAAAGUACAGAAAAUCUGUGGGAGAGCUAUGGACAUGCUUGGAUAUGUACAGGUUCAUUCAGAGUAUGAACAGAAACUCUUAUCCCAGGACCUUCUGCGUCCACAGAGAAAAUAUCAGUUCACCUGGUUGAAUUCUGAUGAGGAUGCCAGGUAGUCAAGACCAACUUUAAGGCAUCCAAUAUAUUUUUAUCAGUUUGUAUUUAUCUGUUAUUUCUGAUUUUAACCUUCUGAAAUUUGUAUGGAAUACAGAAUUCCUUACAUGAAUAAUUUUGGACAAAUACUUUCAAAAAUUGUAACUGGCUUUGAAAGUAGGGCAGGAAGUAUUUCUAUGUUUAACCUUCGAGAUGAUUUAAAGAGGAGUUUAGGUGUAGUACUGUAGUUGUAAGGUAAACAAGUGGAAGGUAAUAAUUCAUGAUAUGCUUUGCAAAUAAUUUUUCAGUAGGAUAAUUCAUUUUUGGGAGGAUUAUAUAUCCAUUAAAGUCUAUUUAAUAUUAUUAUUUCUUCAGAUUAAUUAAGAUAAUUUAUCUUUUUCAAAGUCUGAUUUUAACUUUGAUGUGAAGCCAAUAAGAAGUCUCAUUUAUUUUACACUGCCUGAGUACUUCUGAUUUUAUGUCUCUGAAUUUUUGACUGGACCUAAUUAUUGAAAUUUACUGGCACAUAUGUGAGGGUGUUCUAACAAAACAGGCAUAAAAGUGCAUUAAUUGAUGCACCAUCAAUAACUCACUCUGAGACGUAAAGGCGAGAUAUCGGCUUUUAUUGACUGGAAGAAGGAACCAGCAGUGAGUGACCACCAUACUACA